CACAAAUCCAUGCAAGAAGUUCUGCGAACACUGGUACGCUUAUUGCCAUGCGCAAAGGAUCACCCUUCAUUUCCGUAAAUGUUCGCCGCCAUGAACGGGAGGAGAUUGAGCAACGGGACCGAUUCCACUCGAAGGCUGCUUCAUCGUGAAGAUUGUGGCGGUUCUAGUGGAGUCCGAUCAUCGCGACCAGUACCGAAUUCAUCGAGACCGCAGACACAAAGAGUCCGCUUUCCGGAUGAAGAUCGGGAAAGUGUCGAUGGAACUCUGGAUAGCUUAUUUGGUUUGAUCACCGCCGCCUUGGCAACUGCUUGUUCAGCAGGUCUCUUUACUAUGUUACCAUUUUCCUUGGCUGCGUAUCGGAGAUUGGCUUCACAAUUGGGAGCGUCAUCGAUCCUCGAUGCAUUGGCGCUGUUGCUCCCGAAUACGAGAAUCUGUUUAUCUGGGGAUUCUGAUAUACCGAGUCCAGUAGGAACUUCGAUUCUGGUGUCUAACCAUUUGAUGGAUGGGGACUGGUGGGCGCUAUUAAUGCUGGGGCGGUGCGUUGGGCUUCGAGGGAGUAUUAAGUUCUUCCUUCGAAACGAGUAUUUUAAUCUCAAACUUCACAACUCAGAUUCCGCGACAAGUCGAUCUAACUCAACCACAAUUGCUACGAGUAAAGCGGUGGGAACUGCUGUUCACAUUCGGAACGAGAACGCCCAGGCCAGUUCAUCGUUGCCGCGAGUCUCGCACCUGCGCGAGGGCUCUACCUCUCACGGCAUUGCCAUCAUGGCAAAUCUUCUCCACCAGUUUCUUGAGUUCCCGCUGCUGAGUGGGGACGACCACACUGCUGACAGAGAACAGCUAGUUCGACUGCUGAGGUCGUUUGCACACGACAAUGCAUCGGCCCCUGUUCAUUUGCUGUUCUUUCCAGAAGGAUGGUCGCUCCACAAUGGUGCUGACCGAACAGCAAUAUUGGCCAAGAGUAACGAAUUUGCUCAACGAGAAGGCCGCCCGCAAUUAAAGCACCUGUUGCUGCCCCGUGCUCGUGGUUUCAACGCAAGUCUUGAAUGUUUACGAGAAUCCAGUCCAGUAGUCUACGAUGUCACGAUGGCCUACAGUGGGUACAAUGGAUCGCUUCCACCUUCUAUUGAGCUUACCUUUCCCGCCUUGUGGAAACUGCUUCGUGGGUUCCCUCGUGAAAUACACAUCCGAAUCAAGCGAUACAGCAUGGAAGAGGUUACUCAGGACUCAUCUUGGCUAGAUCAAAAGUGGGCAGAAAAGGAUCGUCUUUUGAGUCACUUUGCUCGGCAUCAAACCUUUCCUGCUGAUAACCGAGGCUACUGCCGACAUCGAGUCUUUGAUACGAGAACGCAUGCGUUUGAAUCUUCCAUCAUCGCACUUGGACGCUUGCUGCUAUUGCCAUUGGCUGUUCCGUUGUUCGUUUUGGUAUCUAUCCCAAUAUUUUGGGCCUUGAUGUGGUUGUGGCUGGCACACUGGGCUUAUCGGCAACUAUUUGGUCGGGUAGAACAGUCGUCGUCCAACGGAGGCUCGUCUGGGAGUGUCGGAAGUGCUGGUGCAGGUACCACACCUGGUACUUCGUCCGCUUCCGGAACACCCUUCUUCCCAGCUACUCCGUUUGCGUCUCCAACGGUGACUUCCUGGCGUGACAUGUUCUCAAAGAGUGCCUCAUCAUCGUCGCCAUCUUAA